AUGCAAGAAUCACUGUCCUCUCUUGAGCGAUGUCGAAAGCCUGUGAUCGCCGCGAUUCACGGCGUGUGUGUCGGCGGCGGAGUGGACCUUGCGACGGCGUGCGACGUCCGUUUUGCGAGCGCUGACGCACGAUUCGCUGUGAAAGAGGUCGACUUGGCAAUCACUGCCGACCUCGGCACGCUGCAGCGCCUCCCGCGGCUCGUCGGCUACGGCAACGCCAUGAACCUCGCGCUCACAGCCCAAACAAUCAACGCGGAAGAGGCGCUGCGGCUGGGAUUGGUGCAGGGCGUGUUUCCGUCGCAGCGCGAGCUGAUGGCUCACGUGCAAGGUGUUGCGGAGGCGAUCGCUGCAAAGUCGCCGCUGGCAGUGGUGGGAACGAAGGCCGUGCUGCGGCAUGCGCGUGAUCACAGCGUGGCGGAUGGGCUGGAGUUCGUGGCUACGUGGAACGCCGCCAUGCUGCUCUCAGACGAUCUUACUGCCGCUGUGAAGGCACUCCGGUGGAUGAGACAAGGUCACGACUUCAUGGAUGUAGUGGAAAGGUAA